CAAAGCCUAGUUUCGAUUUCUCUUUCGCAGAACUCAUACAUCAUUUUAAAGACUGUAGAAUAUUGCAGAAAUGGAUAAGAUUAUGCUUACAAGUGAAGAAAAAGUACAACUCCAGGAAUGGAUAUGUCAGAAAAGAAAAGGAAAAUUUACGUUGUUAUACAAAUUGAGCAGAGAUGGAUGGAAUGCCACAACCUUUCAUACCAAAUGUGACCACAAAGGCCCCACUGUCACUGUUCUCUACAACACCGAUUACACCGUAUUUGGGGGCUAUACAUCGCAAAGCUGGACAAGCCCGGGUAACGGCUUCUACGGAACUGACCCAAAAGCAUUCCUGUUCCAGCUGCGAUAUAGAGGAACAGAAUCACAUAAAUAUUACCAACACACAGGAAACGGUAGUAAAGCAAUAUAUUGUAUAUACAACCAAGGACCAACAUUUGGAAGCGGACCCGACUUCCUAACCUUCAAAGACAAUUCAAACCAGCUUAACACCAAAGUAUACAAGUUAAACGGUCGCUGUGACCUUGGCAGCAGUUACCAAUAUACUGACAAUGAUGCAGAUUUCAAUGACGGUCAUAUGAAUACCAUUGAUUUAGAAGUGUACCAGUUUGAAGAUGGAUCAGACUCUAAUAUCAUGGAUACACCAUGGAGAGAAUUUUCCGAAUGGGAUACAAAGACCCUAGAGAAGCUGAAAGAUGAAGUGGAGAAUUACAGACCAGUGGAGGAGACAAAUAUUCCAAUGGCAAACAUUCUGUUGAUUGGAAAAAUCGGAGCCGGAAAGUCAAGCUUCAUCAACACAAUCAACUCGAUUUUCAGAGGAAACAUCACCAGUCCUGCUAUUACGGGGAUAUCAGACCAUAGCCUCACAACCUCGCUCAGGAUUUACCGAGUGAGAAGCCAGUUGUCCAGAAAACCACUUAAUUUUAAUUUGUAUGACACCCGAGGACUAGAGGAAGAUCAAGGCAUCGACUCACAAGAACUCUGCUACAUUUUGGAUGGGAAUUUGCCUGACAAAUAUACAUUUAAUCCGUCCUGCCAAGCCACUUCUGCAGUUCCAGGUUUUAACAAAAAUCCAGGAGUGAGGGACAUGAUUCACGUUGUUGCAUUUGUAGUGGACGCAAGUUCCUUUGAAGACAUGAGCGAUGAUCUAAUUGCUAAAAUAAAAAAUCUUCGCUCCAAAAUGAAUCAAAGAGACAUUCCACAAGUUGUUUUGCUCACCAAUGUAGAUAAAGUAAGCGAAAUUGUGGAGAAAGACCUGUCCAAAUUGUUCCACUGCAAAGCCAUCCAGAAACAUGUCGACGAUGUAGCAAAGUUGAUUGGUUUACCACGUGGUCACGUGAUGCCUUUAAAGAAUUACGAAUGUGAGAUGGAUCUACACCAGAAUGUGACGAUUCUCAGUCUUCAUGCUCUAAGCGUUAUUCUUCGCUUUGCUGAUGAUUUUUUGAUGAAUAAUAUAGAGCCGUCCAUUGAAGCAAAUCAAGAGGGAGAAAAGAAUAAAAAGAACUCCUUCGACUGACUUCACUACAAAGAAGGAAGAUUUGACGAAAAUGUAGCAGUUCGUUUCAUAACUAUUCCACAGAAUGCAAAACAUUUUAUUUCACGUACUGAGCAAUCCAUUGAUAUUGCAAAAAUUUACACAAUGCUUUUCAUGGAAAAAAUAUUGUUACAUAGUAGUGAUAGCUCAGGAAGUUUUUUUUAAUUUUAAUGGUACAUGUGUAUUUAUACAUUUUGCGCUUCUGACUUUAAUAUGAUAUUUUGUAUGUGAGGAGUGUUAUUUUAAUACAAGUAAUUCAAAUUUACUGCAUUGGUGUCCAUAUACAAGACAUUUAGAAUUUGUAUUCAAGCUGAAUAAAUUUGACAACGUCAUUUUUCUCUGGACAAAA